AUCUACACUCUCUUCCUCGUAUUCACCUGACCGGUUAAACUCAACCACUGUAGCCGUCCAUUCCGAAAUCUACCAGAUAGGCGGAAGCAACGAGAACAAGCCGACCAGAGCCGUUAGAGUUCUUGAUUGUCGGAGUCACACGUGGCGUAGUGCUCCCGACAUGAAGGUGGCUAGGAAACACGCAAUGUCUUACUUUUUAGAUGAAAAGAUAUAUGUGAUUGGGGGAUGCAAAAAGACAAAGGAAAAAAUGAGUUGGGGUGAGGUUUUCGACCUAAAGACUCAGACUUGGAAGCCGUUGCCUAAGCCUCCUAGUAAUGAUAAUUACGUCGAUGGUGCAGUUUUUGGAGGAAGGCUAUACGUUUUCACCAUAAACAACGAGAAGUAUGCAUAUGAUCCUACAGAAGAAAGUUGGGUACAAGAGGCGGGGUUUGAGGGUCUAGAAGGUAUAACUGGACCUUGGUGCAUUAUGGGAAGUUUAAUAUUUGCUGAAUAUCACCGUAUGUACGUUGGGUAUGACGCAAGCAAUGGAAAGUGGUUAAUGGUUCAUGGUUUGGAUGAGGUUCACACGAAACGUACUAAAAAUUCCAGAACGAUUCAGUUAGUUAACCAUGGUGGGAAACUGGUAAUAAUAUGGGAUGUGUGGCAUAUGUGUCCGAGGGAACACAAGAGUAUUUGGUGUGCGGUGAUUAGCUUGGAGGAGCGUUUGACUCAAUCAGGUAAUAUCUUGUUGGGGAAGGUCGAACGGUGCAAUGUUGUUUUGGAUUUAGUCCACAAGUCAUAUAAGCUAUCAAGCUGCCAAUCGGUUUUGGUCUGAAACUCAUAUGUUUGCUUUCAACAUAUUAUAUUUCUGAUAAGAUUCCAUUAUGCACUUUAGUCUUUUUUUUUUUUUUUACUUUAAUUUUUCUUUUGUUUAAACUCUUUUGUAAGAUUUUUAUGUUUUCUUCUAAGUCUCGAUGAUACGAUACUAUGAAUUGUCAAUGAUUAAUAUUGUUGCAAUGGUGUUGCCCUCAUGUUAUAUUCUUAUAACAUAUCAAUUGCCAAAACAUCUUUUUCUUCUUUUUACAUUUUCUCAUUAGAUGCACCUAACUUAGGGGCUUAUUGUAUUGAUGAUUUGAGAGAAUUCUAGUUUUUGUUCAAAUCUCUUCUUAUUGUAUCUAGUAUUUAUAAAAAUUCUAACAAAUCCACCCUUAUUGAAUUAAUCAUUUUUCCAAACUCUCUCAAAUCUCUCAUUAUUGGAAAACAAGGAUUUCACUAAUAAUAUUUAUGAAGAGUUAUUUCAAUUAUUAGAUAAUUGGUUUUGUAGACAAAAUUCACUA